CAUCAGCCUCCUGCUCCUCCUCAUCCUCGGUCAUGACGGGCAGGGAGGACCUCAGCGAGGAGAAGCCCCGGGUCCGGAUGUUGUCUCCGGGCUUCGGCAUCGACAAGUCCCGGCUCCACGGCUCCGGGUUCCGGUCCAAAGGCUUCGCCAUCACCGACCUCCUGGGCCUGGAGCAGCCCGGCUCGGCCCCGGGUCUCUCCGCCUCGGUGGCCUCCGCCGGGCCCGGGGCCGAGCCGCCGGGCCCCGGCGGAGGAGGCGGAGGAGGAGGAGGGGGGCUCGGCGGCUUCUCCUUCCCGGGGGGGUCGCUGCCCCUCGGCCUCGGGUUCCUGUGCAGCCUGGCGGCCCAGCAGCCCUCCGGGACCCCCUGCUUCCUACCCGGACACCUGCCGCUGCUCCAGGCCCGGACCGAGAGCCACUACCUGCAGAACCUGGAGGCCCAGAGGGACGCCUACUCCGAUGAAGAGUGUCUGUCCGACAGGAACGACCCGAAGAGCAGCGGCGGAUCCCAGAAGAGGAAGAAGAGGAGGCACCGGACGGUGUUCACCUCCCACCAGCUGGAGGAGCUGGAGAAAGCUUUCCAUGAAGCUCAUUACCCCGACGUCUACGCCCGAGAGAUGCUCGCCAUGAAGACGGAGCUGCCAGAGGACCGGAUACAGGUGUGGUUCCAGAACCGACGAGCCAAGUGGCGUAAGCGUGAGAAGUGCUGGGGCCGCAGCAGCGUCAUGGCGGAGUACGGCCUGUACGGCGCCAUGGUGCGUCACUCCAUCCCGCUGCCCGAGUCCAUCCUCAACUCCGCCAAGAACGGCAUGAUGGGAUCCUGCGCCCCCUGGCUGCUCGGUGAGCCGCAUGCACGGAUGCACAAGAAAUCUCUGGAGAUGUCCAAGAAGUGUUCGAGUCCUCCGGCCUCAGACUCGACUCGCUCCGAUUCGUUCUGCGAGGCACCGGAGCGGCGUGGCGGCGAGGCCAGGGAGGUGGAGGAGGAGGAGCUACUGGAGGAGGAGGAGGACGAGGAGGAGGAGAUGGAGGAGGAGGUGGCCAUCGACCUGUCCAGCUCCUCCAAACAGCAGCAGCAGGAGGAAGGGGGCGGAGCCUCGAUGAGGACCGCCUCCUCGCCACAACGGCCCAGCGGCCGCGAAUCGGACGAACACAGCUGAAUGUGGGAGGAGUCUGAUGAUGUAACUCUGUCCUAGGAUUUGAUUGGCUCUACGUUGAGGGAGCUCAGCCAAUGAACAAGCAGAUGUGACAUCAUUCGUUACGACGCUACUAUUAAUAAUUUAAAAGGUUAAAGUCUGCUAGCAUGUUAGCAUGCUAUUACCAGUGGGCAGCAUUUUAUCAUGCUAACUGUUGAUGAACAACAUGCUAAUGAGAACGUUAGCUGUUUGCUAGCUGCGCUCCCAGGAAGCAGAGCCUAUGCUAACACGUGGAGGAAGGCUAACGGCGCCGCGUCUGAUCGACGUCUGGAAUCAGAGCAAAUGUUUUCUGACGGAUGUGAACGACGAUGUUUCUGUCUGUGUUCGUUCUUUAUUUCCAUGUUUGUUUGUUUGUUUUUUAUUGAAUGUUUCCUUCCUGUUGGUUUCUGUGGGUUUUCUAGUUGGACCUGAGUGAAGCACCGUGAACGAAUGUAACUUAAAUGUAAUAUUUAAAAAGUGUUUAUUAUCAUCAUAUUUAUGUACAGCUGGAAGUUCAGCAGCUGGUCAAUAAAAAUAUUUUUGGAAUCA